AUGAAGGCUUCUCCAGUCAUGUUGAUGAAAAGGAUCUUACUGUACAUCCUUCUAGUAAUACAGGCUUAGAGCAACCAUCAAGUUUACAGUAAGAUAGGAUUUGAUGCUGCUACAUGUACAGUUGAUAUUCAAGUUAAAAGACAAUCCCAGUACAAAACUAACAUUCGGAGCUCUUUAAUUAUAGAGUGUCCAGUUCAUUACUGCAAGAAAAAGCCAGACAUGCUGUGGUGCAAGAUAGAAGAUGACACAUGCAUCUGGCUGAAGAAGGGCAAAUAAGAAUGGAAGUCUAACGUGUUUACUCUCAAUCCUUCCUCCGUUCAUCAGAAUGAUAGUGGACUUUAUCGUUGUCAAGCAAUAGUGGACAACCUUUCCAGUGAGAGCCAUGGAAUAAAGGUUAUUGUUGAAGAAAGACCUAAUGCUAAAAAACCCUCACCAGACAAGUAUUACUUUAAGCUAAUAGAUAUUAAUGCAAUUUUAGAUACCACUAGUAUCUCAGAAGAGUCCCAAGAAUCUGGAAACUGCAAGAUACUGCACAUUAUUUAUGCUUCAACAUCCUUGGGUCUGUGUUGUCCAUUCAACAUCAUAUGCAUGUUUUGGUGUCUAAGGAGACACCACAGUAACAAAAAGAGAAGUCCAUUAACUCCACGGAGACAAGAGAGCCUGGUCAGAAAUCCAGCAGCUGCUCCAUCCCCCAAUGCUGGGACAACUCAAGCCUCAGAAGAAAGCUCCUCAGGUGACUAUUGUUCCAUGAUUAGCCUGAUGCAGACCUUUCCUGGGAACACAAUUUAUGACAAUGAUGUUCUUCCCUGGAAUGUGCAGAGGACAGCAUCUAACGCACCUCACAAUGAUACUGCUACUCCUUCCACCCCAGUUUUACUUGAAAGCCAAGAUGUACUCACAUAAGCUGCACUAAGUGCUGCUUCUGCAGAAAGAUGCCAGAAAAGGGAACUAACUGUAGAAAAAGAUUUUACAGAAUAUGCCUGCAUUAAUAUACAUAAAUGA